UUUAGCAUUCAUAACGCAAACUAAAGCUGCUCUUCUGAAACAUGCCACGUUUGAACAGUAACUUUAUCUCCUGGUUUUUAGGACUGCUUAUUUUCGAUGUUCAAUUUAUACAUGGUUUAAAUGAAUGUCGGGGAGAUCAAAUCACCAAUGUCAGUUUACCUACUGAGCUUCAGUCUGACGUCCUGCUGCCUUGUUUCUUUGAAUCAGAAUUCUUGAAUUCAAACCAGACAAAUGAAACUUGUGUGGUAUGGACUCACCUCAAUUCAACAAUCAAAGAUAUUGUGGAGCUGGGUCUGGAUGGUGAGGCUCAGUUCUGGAAUAACCGACGUGGACGGAUUAAGACGUUCCCAAAAUUACCAGAAACUGAAUUGCCGGACUUUUCCAUUCAGAUCCGUAAUGUGCAGCAGUCUGAUUUAGGCGUCUACCACUGCAAACUGUUCAGAGAGACCGGCUGUCUCCUAGCCUAUAAGAGGAUUGAACUACACAACGAAGCAGUGGAUUCUCUGACUUGGCUGAUCCCAACUGGAGCAGCAGGAGGAGCAGCGCUGCUAGUAAUGCUGCUUGUCCUUCUUCUUGUUGCAUGCAAAUUCUUCAAACGUCAGAAAAGUAACCUCUGUGAACCUGUCUAUGAGAACACUUCCCAAACAAAGUUUACUAACAGAGCAAAGUUCGUUAAUGAACAGGGAAUGUCACUCCCCAAUCCAAUCUAUAGUUAAAAUUCACAAUGUGGAACAUCAGUGUGGAAUUCAUUAUACAUUACAUAAUCAAGAGAACUGAGAAUGAUUGGGAUAGAUGAGAUUUAUGUCUGGGUUUUACAUAUACAAAUGUUAAAAAUUAAACCCAAACACAUUUAAAACUUCAAACUUAGUUAACAUUAUUAUUUCUGAUGGAGGGGUGAUGUAUCUUUAUCUGAAAUGCCACUAGAGGGCAGUGAGACUUUUUUGGAAUUCACAGCUGAAGGCAAACACAAAUAUAUACCUCCCUAGCUCAAGUGCUCUUUAAUCAUCUCCAUUAGAACUGUGGUUCUUCCAUUAUUUAACAUUGUAAAAAAAAUAUAUAAAAAUCUAAUAAUUUAAUGUUAAUAAAGAGCGGAUUUGCUGAAUGAAUUCCACCUCAGUUUUUGCCUCAUUUUCCCCCACUGAUUGCACAGAAACUAUUGGGUGAGUACCGAACAAAGCUGGACGGCAAAAAAACAACGAUGAACUGACUUUAACUGAAAAAUUAACUGUUUCCUAUUGUCCUCUUUUUAAAGCUGCUCGAAUAGCUCGCUAACUGAAAAUAUUGAAGUUAUUUCAAAAAGCCACCUUAAUACCAAAUUGUGUGUGAUAGCAGCACCGAUCGUAAAGUUCAUACAAACACACACACCUGAGCAAAGUAACUGUUCUGGUCACUCACCAAGUAUGUAGAGCUAGCAGGAAAUGGCGGCAGAAGACACUUGUCCACCAGCCUCUUUAACCUUCACAAAGGCUUGCAGCAUGAUGGGUUUUUAAAAAAACAAAACAAAAAAAACAACACUUUCUGUGUUCUGCAUGUUCCAUUAAUGGUACGGUUUAUUUUAAUAUUUUGUUAUGUAUAUGGUUUUAAUCAGCCAUUUUGAGUUACCUCUAACUUUCAUGUUGCAAGCAACAGAACAAUGCGUUGUGGUUUCCAUUAGCAGUCAUUACUAAUUAAAUAUAGAAUCCUGACAUUAUAUUCCCCGUCUGAGCAGCAUAUCAUCAUUUAAAGUUUGCUUAUAAGAGUUGUAAAACAGCAGGAAGCUCAGCAAACGUGCAACCUAUGAUCAACCUAUGAAGUGCAGACGGAAACUUGUGAAUUUCGUGUGUACUGUUGUGGUUUCUCAGGUUUGAGCAGAGAGAUGCUCUCUUGAUUCUUUGAAAUGACUCUUUUCAAACCAGCAGAGAUGUCACACCAGGGCCGCUGUGCCUAAUUUUAGAGAACAGUGUAAAAGGUGAGGUAAAGGUUUAGGAUAACAGAAGAAUUGUACAACUAAACUAUUCCAUCUUCCUCUAUAAUGUGUAGCAGUGGAUUACGGGCCUGUAUCACUGUGAACUUUUGAAGACUUUAACUAUAGCAUUAACCAUCAGGACACUGGAAUGCACACGUGAAUCAAAAAGAUCGUAGGAAACAGUGAUGUCUUUCUGGCUCUUCGUAGCAGGAGGAGCAACUAUAAUUCUUUUACUUCUUGUUAUCACGGUGUGUUGCAUUGUUCAUAAACGGAAUAAAACAUUAGAUCAAUCAUAUGCAAACAGCCAGCAGGUUCGGAAUGCCAGCAAAGAUCAAAUCAUCUAUGAGAAUGAUCAAGAGUUCAGAAAAAAUAUCACCAGUGGAAAAAGACAGUUUACAUCUGUUUACAUGAAUAGGCCUGAAAAUAAGGUUGCAAUUUAUGCCAACGGUGCACAAGAAGAUGAGACAUAUGCAAACUGCACUGACAAUGAUUAUGAAAAUGUGGAGUAGACUGCUACGAAGACAUGACUUAAGUUCAUUAUUCCUCAUUCCCUGUUUUUUUAUUGUCUUUUUUUUGCACAGCACUAAUUUAUGUGAAUUAAUGAUAUGAAUAAUGACAUUUAAAAAUAUCAGCCUUAUUCAGGUGAACUGAAACUAAUCUGUUAUAAUGGAAUGAUCUGUGACCAUUUAGAAUGAUAGGUUUUUUGGUUAAAACAAAUCUUUGUUGUCCUCCAGUAUAUUUGACUAACAUUGUAUUGUGAAAAAGUUACAGUGUUUCAUUUACAACAGUGAAUAAAAUUUAGUCGGAUAAGUCCUCUUUGCGCACUCUGUUGAGUAGAGAUGGGUUCCCACCGUUCUGAAUAGCCUCAAAAUUUGAUAACGGGUACGUUUUAUUAACGUUUUACUAUUUUUUGACUUUGAAUUAUUUGUCAUACAUCACAAAUCUAUAUUAAUUAAUAAAAAUUGAGAUUCUAACACUUAAUAUUUUUAUUAUGCAGAAUAUUGCGUACGUUUUAACCUAAUUUUGUUUUAUUUUCAAUCAGUAAAAGGUUUUAGCAAAUACUUCCUUAAUUUACCGUAGCUAUUGUUGAUCUCACUUUUACAGUUUUUUCCAACUGCUUACUCACAAAAUCUUUACUUGUUAGACAGUUUCUGAAAGCUGAAUCUUAAGCAGCAGAAGCACACACCAAAUCUUCAAAACAUAUACGCUAAAUUCUUUACAUGUGCACAACAAAAAAAAAAACACAAAAAAACUCCUCAAAUGUGCAAACACUUGCUUUACUUAAAACAAACCAAUCAUGGCUUUAUAGUAGACCAAUAAAUAGGAAUUUCAAGUUGGGUUUUGAACAAUAUAUGCAAACAAUGCAGACGAAGUAAGAAGAGCUGGAGAGAGAGUCAGAGCACGAGGCAGAGGAGUUCAAACAGGAGCAAGGGGAGAACGAGUCAGAUGGUGAAGAGAAGAACAAAGAUGAGCAACAAGAAGAGUGGGCUACUGUCAUUGAUCAACCACAGUUUAACAACUGGACUUAGUCUGGUAUAAGUCGAUUAAUUUGAACUUUUAGAAAUGAGAACAGAUGUGUAACACAACUCUUUCAGUAUAAUAUGGUGUAACAGAAGAGAUUGACACAGCAGGUAAGUAAAAGCAUUGUAGUUCAUUGACAGAUGUUCAGGUUAAAUAUAGAGAUCUUGACUGGAACAAGCAAGUAAACAGUACAUAGAAGGUUUAGGUGUUGAACGAUCAUUGAGUAAUCAAGCGUUGUUCUUACAGGAACAUCCGGAUGAGCACACACCUCAGCUGUCUUGGACCACAGGAGAUAAUACAAGAGUAUAUUGGAGGGCUAGAUGAUUCCUAAGAGACAUACAGAAGGUAAGUAGUAAAGAGAGUAAUGUCAGAGAGUCCACUUCAUUGAAACAAGACUGGAUAGUGAGGGUGACUAAGGUGUGUGCUUUUGAAGUGCUCAUGAUUAGGUGAGGUGAUUGGAACUCCGGUCAUUGUGAUCUCUGUGCCUGGGUGUACAUACAUACAUACAUACGGUAUACCAUAAUACAUAUAUUACAGCACCCAAUGCAUCCAUUUACUGCAGUUCAUGACAUGAUUGGUUACAGUCUGCUGAGUUAUCAUACUGUACAACAAUACAGAUGGUUGUUCUUCAAUCUUCUGGCAAUGGUUUCAUGGUGGGUGAGGUUGCAUGUUCACUGAAGAGCAAGAGAUGGCUAUAUCCAUCAUCCAUAAAUGCAUUUGUGUGGAUGAGCUGGGCUUCAAACUCAGCAAAACCAGAAGAAGGAUGAGAAACAUCAUUGGUCACAGGGUCAUUGUCAAUGUCCCUGGACAACAUGGUGUAAACAUUACACAUCAAAUCACAUUUACCCAGACUUACCCAUACAAACCACACUUGGCCCUUAUAACAGUAACUACAUCAUAAGUUUUCUGGAUGUUGUUAAUGAUAUGUUUGUUCACUGCCUGCAGAAUGAAGACCAGGCUAGAUUGGUCAUGAUAGGGAUAAUUGGGAUAAUGUAAGCUUUCAUUGCACACAUCAGGUCCAAAACUGGUUUGUUAAUAAUCCCCAUUUUUCUGUUGUCUACCUGCGUCCAUAUUUACCAUUUCUAAACCCUACUGAGGACAUGGUGCUGGUAAGUGUAUGAUUUUCAUCCCUAUGUCAACAUGACACUACUCCAUCAAUGGAGGACGCAUGUAGAGACACUGACUCUGCCUGCAUCCAAGGUUGGAUAUGCCAUACAAGGAGGUGCUUUUCAAUCACAAAUGCUUUGGUUUCAUGUUUGGUUUCAUUUUGCUUUAGUGUUUACCUAUUUGUCUGCAAAUUACAUUUAAUCUUAUACAAAAAUGUACAUAAGAUCUCAUGAAAGACGAGCUUUAGGUUUUGAAUAACCACGAUGAAUCCUAAAAAAAUGAUAUUAUGGCAAAGGUUUGCAAAAUAAGACAAAUGAGCAAACAAUUUACGUUUGCUCAUUUGUGUUUAUAUGUUUCUGAUAUUUUGAAUGCACUGCUUAAUUUUGCAAGAGAUAUGCGUGCAAUUCUUGAAUUUAUGUGUUAAGUUUUGAAAACAUGUGUAAGCAGCUGAAAAAAAACCUGUAAGUGAACCAUGAAUAAGUUAAGAUGUCUUAAACGUAAAAUGUUUGGGCUCAGCAUUUACCCUCGCAGGCAGCAUAAUGAUUGUUUACUUCUUUUUUUUUUAGACCUGGCGCGUAACCACAGAAAAGUAUAGUAAAGCACAGUAAAGCACGUGAUGUCGCCAUGGGUAGUGACGUAAACAUACAUUUCCGGAGGUGUGCCACCCGCGAAUGCUGAAAAUAAACGUUAAGCUAUGUAGUGCGUUCAGGCUCAAACUAAACACAGCCGAGGUGUCUAAUAAAUGGAUAAGUUUGUAACUCGGCAAAAAAAAAGAUCUGCUGUUGAGGCCGAUGAAUUGAAAACAGAAGAACCGUUCAAGAAAUACAAAGAGACGUGUGAGGUGGAAGAGUUUUCUCAGCCCAUUCCCUGGCAGAAGAUUGAAGCAGAGGGAUUAGACUGUGACUACAGUUUGCUGUUUGACAAAGAAGAGGCUGAUCAGCUUUUCAAGCUGCUGGAAGAAGAGGUGGAGUAUUUUACAGGUGACAAAGCUAAACUACAAGUUUAUGGAAAGUCAUACAAUAUUCCAAGGAAGCAAGCAACAUACGGCGACGAAGGACUGAUGUACUCUUUCUCUGGAGUCCAACUCCUGGCUAAACCAUGGACUCCCACUUUGGAACGCAUUCGAGAUGCUGUUACCAGGGCAACGGGCCAAACGUUCAACUUUGUUUUGAUAAACAGAUAUAAUGAUGGUCAUGAUCACAUCGGAGAGCAUCGGGAUGAUGAACGUGAACUCGAUCCUGCCUGCCCUAUUGCCUCUGUAUCUUUAGGCGCUGCCCGUGAUUUCAUUUUCCGUCAUAAGGAUGCGCGGACUGGUUCUAGCAAACGUAAGAUUGAGCCUGUGAAGCUGGAGCUGGCUCAUGGGAGUCUACUGCUCAUGAACUAUCCCACGAACACAUACUGGUACCACAGUCUUCCAGUGAGAAAAAAGGUCAAAAUGCCACGCAUCAACCUCACAUUCAGACGCAUAGUGAAAAACAGACAGAAAACUGGUAUAAAAAUAGAGUGAUUGUUCUUUUAGCAUCUCAUCAGGUAUCGCAUGUUAGUUUUUGUUUCACAACGUGUGUCAAAGCUGUUGUUAAAAGCCUGUGAGCGUUUCUCACCUCUGCAGUGAAUCCUUGUUAGGUUUUAGCAUAUUCAGACAUCUCUUGCAUACUACAUUCAGUUUUUCUUUCUUUUAAUGUUAUGAUCUUUUUGUUAUAAUUUAGUGUUCACGUUUUAUAAUUCCUUUUCCAUUAAACUAGUCUUUAAAAUAGUGUCUAAUAAAAUGUGUGCUGUGGUCAGAGAAAAAUCAAGCCUCAAACCCAUCUCUCAGGUUUUAUAUUAGGCAACAAAAUGCACUUUCAAGAUCAUUCAAAGGAAAUAUUUUCUUUUAUUUGUUUGUUUUUUUUGUUUUGUUUUUUAGAAAACCAAUAAACUACAUGUGGAAUAAAUAGGUUAGACACAACCAUACUUCUGUACAAGACAUUUCUAAUAUAGACUGGGAAAGAAAAAAAAAACAAAAUGGUCCCAAUGAAUACAUUUUGCUAAAUGUUUCAAAGAUUGAACUACAGAAGGCAAUAGUUUGGCGAAAUACUGUGGCAAAAACAUAAGGGUAGCAAAAACGUGAUCGUAUAAAUAUAUACAUUUUAUUUUUCAAGCAUACGUAACAGAGUAAUUUCGAGAAAGUCAUACUUAGUGUUUACAUUCCAGCACUGCUGGACUGAGUAUGAGGUAUUCGCACAGCUGUCUACCCAUAACCUGCCUGUGUUACAAUCUAAUCAAUGUCACGUUUUUCCUUGGACGACGACACAUGCGGUCAGUACAGUUGCUGCUAAAAUAAACAGUAAUUUGUGA